AAGCAGAGUGUGUGAACUUAACCACUAUGCCAGUGGACUGGCCCCAAUAAACCUCUACUUUUAAUUGUUAAAUAAGUAAACCUAUGAUGUACUAGGCACUUGGGGACACAUGGAGAAAAAGACACCUGCGUUCCCUGAGGGCUCAGUUGUUAUCUUAUUCAGUUUUCACUCUAGCCCUAUGGAGUGGAGGCUCUCAUCAUCCUCUUUUUACAGUAGCAGCAUGAGGCUCAGAAAGGUUAAGUUACUUGCCUGAAGUGAAACAGCUAUGCUUCAACUCAGAGUCCGUCUCAAGAAACAUACUCUUAACCCCAACACCAGCACACCUCUCUUAGCCCCUCAGGGGGUUUCCACUCUGAAGGGAAAGCAGACAUUAAACAAAGUACACAAAGAAUGGACUGCACAACCAGUUGACUGCUAGGGCAGAAUUUGGUGAAGGGCAGAGCCAGGACAUAGAGAACAUCAGCGCCAACCGACUGGGCUGCAGGAAGGGUUAAGAAGCGGGCAGUGUCCUCUGAUGUGUGAACAGAGAGCGCCUUUCCGAGGUGAGACUUCCUGGCGGUUGUGAGGGACUCUCAGGGAUGAAGGAUUGGGGCUUGGAGCCAGGGCCACAUGCUAACUCCAGGGGGCGCUGUUUCAUGCGGUGACCUGUGGAGCUGUCUCUGCCCUACAGACAUUUUGCUGGGAGGAAAGACCACCCUCCUGGGGUGGUGGCAUUUGUGUACACAGACACACUGACCACACACAGAUUGACACAUAGUAUUGUCAGCCUCAUGUGUGUGUUCUCAUAUGUUCCUGUUUAAAAUUAUUUUGCCUGGAACUCGGGGCCCAGCUCUUUUGACCACCCAUGUGAGGGUAACAGCAGGUGCCCGAGCCCUGGGUGGGGCAGGAUUCCAUCCACCCAGGUCCCCUGCCCCAGGUCCCACACACUAGUGUGAGGAAGAGAGAGAGCGUGAGCCUGGUGCACAGUAGGUGCUCAAUAAUGGUUUGUUGAAUGAAUGAAUGAGAAACUCUUCUCCUCUCAGCCCCUCUUUCUGUGAGGGAGGGGUAAACCUCACUCUCCAACCCUCCAGAUUGGAAUGUUGCCUCGGGAUAGAAAAUGAAAUAAAACAAAACAUUUUGGUUAGAGGAGAAGGACACUGAAUCGUUAUUUCUCAGCAAUUUUUACAGAUAAAAAGUUACUUCCUUGGCUUAGGGAAUCCCAAAGGAUAUUAUUAGGAUUGGGUUAAGCCAUGGCCUAGAAAAUGACAAAGCAUUUGGGAUGGGAAAAAUCCAUUUAAAAAACUGGUAAUUCAAGAAAUUAUCGCUGAAAUUAUCUGUGUGUGGGGAAGCUUCCGGGACAGUCAGGUCUGUACAGCUAGGACGGGGCUCUGGUGGGGACACUGGAGUCCUUAGUGGUGUCCCUGCUCCCCUGAAGGGGAGCUCCUGAGAAUGAAACCCUGGAAUAAGAAGCAACUGCACAGAAUUUCCUUUAAUCCUCACUGCCACACUAAGUGGGAGGGAGGCCUUGCUCCCAUUUUACAGAUGAGGAAAGUGGGUUCAGAAAGGUGAAGAGAUGGAGUCUGGGCAGUCACCCUGCCUCAUGGGGGCAUCAUACCCCCCAGGGCCUGAGACUCCUCUGAGAGUGAAAGGCUGGACCAGAAGAUUCCUAAGGCCUCUGGUCAGACCCUGUGCUGUGCCUGGCCCAGGGGGCAGAGCGAAAGAGUGGAGUAGGGGGCUGUGAGUGCCGGCUCCAUCCACUUCAAGCCCUGGCUUUUUUCCUUACACUGGGGGCCAAGGACAACCAGGAACAGGCCCAGCAAUGUCUGGACAGGGACAGAAGCACAGAGACUCUGAGACGGGUGGAAGGAGGGAGGAGCAGCGAGAGAAGCAGAGAGGUGGACUGAGGGCGGGAAGGGGAGGUUACAGACAGCUUAGGGGGUGGAGGGCGAGCGGGUGGGGGUCCGGGAGCUGGAGUCGCACUCUAGGACCAGCUCCUUGUGGCGUCCUCGUCUCUUUUUCUACCUCAUGUCCUCUGCCCCACUGACACUCCCACACCUGCCACCCCCCACCCCCGGCCAGGCCCAAGCCCCACCUGCACCCCUUCUACUCUCCCCGCUCUGUACCACCUUGCAGGGUUCCUUGGGGGCCUCCUGGCCUUGAAUCCAACUUCGGGCAACAGAUGGGUCCCUUCAGUCUUGGGGUAACUUAUCACAGUGCUCUUGGGGACUCAGACUCCUUCGGUGUCCCUGGCUGGAGUGUUUCCCAUUCCCUCCGGGCUCCUCCCUGUCCUCCCCCCUUGCACUUUGUCUGGCUUCAUGGAAAGAGAAAGCGCGUACAGGACAAGGCCCAGAUACCUGGAGAUGGAGGUACCCUGCCCGGUGUGUGAGGGGCACUCUUUGGCUUUCCCUUUCUCCCAGGCAGGCCCCCCAGAAUCACACAGCCGGGAUAGCGAGGGUCACAUGAAGUCAAGCCAUGUUUCUAUAGCCCUGCCUCUGCUCUCUGCAAGCUCCUGGUCUGUUUAUACUAAACACAGUAGUGGGCGGUGGGCGCAGGGGCCCGGGGCUGCCUGUGUACAGUGACAACAGUGUUCUGAGCAUGGGGAAGGAAGCUGUCCCCCAGACAGACUGUAUUUGUCCAUAAACACAGGCCGCCUCAUGUCCCAGGGAGAGGAGAGACAAAGAAACCAGCCCUACUGGAGCUCCUCUCCUUCUACUGCCCUAGGAGGGGGCGCUCCCAGGCAUGCUCCCCUCCUCCCCACAGGUGGGGUCUCCCUCCCAGUGCUGCCCCCUGAGUUGUUUCCACAGCAAGCUGGACUAUGUUCUGUAAACUCUAGUCUCCUAGCCUGGCAGCCCCCAGUGAAAGGACAGGUGUCCUGCCGUCACUGCACCUGUGUGUGUGUGCGUGUGUGUGUGUAAUAGGAGAGAGCAGGGAGGCCAGUGGGGAGCAAAGGCCCUUUGUAGGCCCAUGUGAUGCUGUGUGUCUGCUUGUCCUGUCCCCUGGAGUAGACAGGCUCCUCUUACAGGGUCGUGUGAGGGGUCCAGGGCUGUGGGUCUCCAGGGCUCUGCAUGGCUUAUGGGUCUGGAGCCCAUCUUGAAGCCUGACGGUGCCCUCUCAUUGUCCCUGGGCCUCUUGGGGAAGGUGGGGGAGUGUAUAUUCACCCUUGUGACUUUGUUUUGCAGCACCACCAUCUCCCCCUCAAGUUAAUGAUUGGUGGGGAGCCCUGGGGACAUCAUUUCUUGAGUCCUGCCAGCUUGGGCUGCCUAAUGGUUCCCGACUUUCCUAGAGCCCUGGGUGCUCAGCCAAUAGGAGGCCCCAGGCCUUGCUCCACCCUGUCGUGCGUGUGCUUCUGUGUAUAAAGGCUGAGGCUGCGGGCGGGCGGCCCAGUGGGUCCAGCCCAACCCAGUGCAGAGCUCUCUGUCACACAGCUGGCCCUGCUCCCUUUCUAAGAUGUUGUUUUGGCACAACCAACCGGAGCACCUGUGGCCCAGUCCUGGGGAACUGUACCCCGGACCUCCAAGCAGCCUGCUCAGGGAGUCCCUGCCCUUGCCCUACCUGAAGCAGGAAGAGCUGCCCAACGUCCCCGGCCCGGAGCCUCCCUGCCCCGCGUUCCAGUAUGUGCUCUGUGCAGCCACCUCGCCGGCAGUGAAGCAAGGAGAGGAGACCCUCACCUACCUGAACCAGGGCCAGUCCUAUGAGGUGCAGAUGCUCUGGAACCCCAAGCUGGGUGAUGCCACCCAGUGCCCCCGGCUGCUGAAGAGCGUGGCGCGUGUGGUGUUCCAUGACCGGCGCCUACAGUACACGGAGCAGCAACAGCUGGAUGGGUGGAGGUGGAGCCGGCCUGGGGACCGCAUCCUGGACAUUGAUGUGCCCCUGUCCGUGGGGGUGAUAGAACCCCAAGUCCUGCCCUCACAACUCAACACGGUGGAGUUUCAUUGGGACCCGACCAAGAGGACCUCCAUCUUCCUACAGGUUCACUGUAUCAGUACUGAGUUCACUCCGCGGAAAAAGGGCGGCGAGAAAGGAGUCUCCUUCCGCCUCCGCAUCGACACCUUCAAGCCCAGUGACAAAGAGCUUGCGCCCGAGCACCUGCAUUCGGCUGGCUGCCUCAUCAAGGUGUUCAAGCCCAAAGGAGCUGACCGGAAACUGAAAACUGACCGGGAGAAGAUUGAGAAACAGCCUCUGCAUGAGAGAGACAAGUAUCAGGUCGCCCGUGAGAGCACCGUCUUCGUGGAGUGUCCACCGUGGCCAGAGCCCAGUGCAGGGCCCCACUCACCUCUCAGCCCUCGCGCUCUGACCUCCCCCUACUCCUGCAAGCUCCUGUCGCCUGAGAGGCUCUGCUCCUCACCACCAUUCGCCUUGGACAGCUUGGCGGGCAGCCCAGCUGAAGAUCUGAACCCUGGAGCCUCCAUCCUAGAGACGCAGCAGUGGUUGCAUCGGCACCGGUUCUCAGCCUACUGCCGGAUGCUGGCCAAUUUCACUGGCACGGAUCUGCUGAAGCUUACCCGCCAGGACCUUAUCCAGAUCUGCGGGGCUGCCGACGGGAUCCGCCUUUUCAAUACUCUUAGAGCCAGGCCCAUCCGUCAUCGGCUGACUUUAUAUGUGGCUCAAGAGGCUUCUAGGCAAGAGAAUGAGGUUGCUGAGAACCCCGACUCAGGCUUUUAUCAAGAGAUCUCUCUGAAUGAACUUAGUGCUGUGGAGCUGAUGGGGAAACUGGCAGAGCUCUUGGCUCUCCCAGCCAAUCAGAUCCACCACCUCUUCCACCAGGGCCCUGGGGGCAUCCUCAUUCUCCUCAAUGACCAGGUAAAUGGGCAGCGGUUCCCUACAAGACCCCACAAAGGCCUCGAUCACUCUUCUACCUCAUGCCCAGUUUCCCUCUCCCUGCCCCAGCUUAUUCUGUUUGGCUCUAAGAACAGAAUUGUCUUAGUGACCCCUUCUCCCUUGCAGGUGGUUCAGAAUCUUAAGGAUGAAUCAUACUUCGUGGCUGUAGUGAAGAAAGGUAGGGGUUUUAGAGGGAGAGGAGUGUAUCUGGCAGGCCCUAGAAAGGGUAAGGUUGUAUUUAUAUUGUCUCCUUAAUGAAAUUAAAAGGUUCCUUGAAGGUGCACGCGUGUAUGUGUGUGUGGGGGGGGAAGCAGCGAGCAGUGUCCCAAUCAAAUGGUAAACAUUUGCUGAAGGUCAGCUUUGUGUUAAAGGGACAGAGAUUUAGACAGCUAAAAGAUAGCUAUUUAUUGUUCAGGAAAAAUGUGACCGAGUAGAUGCAUUCUCAUGAGAGAAAAAAAAUGCCUGUUUCUACGUCAGGCAGGUUAUUAGAGAGGAAGGUAAGGCCCCCUGCCCACCCGCUCCAAACCAUACAAGGCAGAAGGGUAGGUGCUUGCUGGACAUUCUCUGGCGCAGAGCACCUGACUUGUGGUUCUGGUUAUUCAGAUGCCUGCUGUGCUACAGGCCACAGGGAGGCUUCCUAAAGAGGUGGAUUCCAGGUGAGGGUGGAAGAACACGUGGGUGUGGCAGAUGCACUGCAGGUGGCUUGGAGGUUUGGGAGCGGUAGACUAGCAGUGGUUGGGAGCCUGCCUCACUUCAAUGGUGCCCUUUUUACUGCUUUCAGUGCAGAAUCCAGAUGGCUACUACCUGGUUCUGACCUAGGCCCAGGGGCACCCUGCUGCAAGAGGAGGCGACGGAUGCCAGCCUGGUUCUCUGGAGCUCUGUUUUGACCAGAAGCCUUGUUAAAAUCCUCAGCUGCUUCAGCGGGCUCCAGGUGAAGAGCCAAACCAUCAUGUGUCCUACCCCUGGGGAGGAGGCAAGCAGCCCCAGGCUCAUAUUUCUUUCUGCUCAGCAGCAACAGCUGUUGGAACCCAGGACACAGCCUCCCAAGCUGAGCUGAGCUGGCCAAGUGAGGCAAAAAGCCUGGCAAUAUGGAUAAGGAGCUUCUGCCCCAAACAGUGCUGCUCAACACUGAGUGCAUUAAUUCGUGUUUAUUUAAAAUUUUAUUUAUCCCUUCCUUUUGUAAAUUAAAAGUUAAUUUUAAAAGAUA